AUGCAAAAAAUCUUUGCCUCAUUUGCUCUCAUUUUGCUCUGCGCUACUGUCGCUUUGGCCGUUAACGCUCCUUUCCAACAAUGUUUCAAUAACCCUGUAUUUACUCCAAAGGCUUUGGAUAUUACACCUGCUUCUCCAAAGGCUGGUGACACCUUGACCGCAGUGACUACUGGACAAGUGACCACUCCUAUUUCUGGUGGUAUUUUGUAUGCUGAUAUUUAUCUUUCUGGAGUCAAACUUUUUGAAUAUUCCUAUAAUUUGUGUCAGAUCGUUGUUGGUGGUUGCCCAAUUGGCGUCGGUAAUCAGGCCAUCAAGAUUCAAAACCAAAUUCCUUCAUUUGCUUUCCCUGGAACCUAUCAAACUGUUGCUUCUGCUUAUCUUGAUUCUUCCAAGUCAAAAGAGUUGGCCUGUGUUUCUUUUAACUUUACAAUUGCAUAA